AUGAGCAUUCCAACUCCUUUCAGCGGGGGCAACACGCCUCUUCCGCAGCUGGGCGGCCAAGAUCCCAACGUCAGAGCUAUUCAAGGCGCAAUGGAAUCAUGUUACGGCAAAUCCAUCAUGUCAGGCGUCAUGGGCUUCGGCAUGGGCGGACUCUUUGGCCUCUUCAUGGCCUCUAUGUCAUACGAUACCCCCUUCGGCAGCCCCCUCCAAGGCGCCAACGGCCAACCCGCCAUCACAUCCCUCCCCCUCCGCCAGCAGCUCAAGAUCGGCUUCAAGGACAUGGGCACCCGAUCCUGGAGCAUGGCCAAGAACUUCGGCAAGGUCGGCGCCCUGUUCUCCGGAAUCGAGUGCGGCAUCGAGGGCAUGCGGGCGAAGAACGACCUGGUCAACGGCAUGGCGGCCGGAUGCCUGACGGGAGGCAUCUUGGCCAAGAACGCGGGCCCGCAGGCCGUUGCGGGAGGCUGCGUUGCCUUUGCGGCGUUUAGUGCGGCUAUUGAUGCGUAUAUGCGUCAGCCGAGUGACGAGUAG